AUUUUUGUCAUCUAACAAACUAUCUAAGUCCGGAAUUUUUUGUUCAGUUUGUGUUAUUGUAACCGUAAAUGGAUAUUCUUUCUGCAUUAAUGUUAACGUAUCUCCAUCAAAUAUUUCAAUCUUAUUAUUUUUUCGUAUUAUUUUGCUUCCUUUCAUCAUUGCAUUGGAUCCGAGCUAAGCGAAAAGAAUUUUUGUUGUUUAUUGCAUUAAUAACAUUAGGAUGUUUAAAUUACUCGUUACCUACCGCGGUAACAUAAACUCGUCCAUUUUUUACUUCAAACGAAGCUUGCUUUCUACUUAACGUUUCAUUUUCAAUAAACCCUGAAGAUCUUCCAAGUUCUAAAGUGUUUGGUUCAGUGAACCCAAAUGUUUUAUCAAUUGGAUCUAAAAAAUGUA